GCAAACACUGCAAAUUGCAAAAUUUAUACUUCAAUUAUUUCAUAUUUAGUAUUAACUUUAGGAGUUUUCUAUUGUUUUUAAAUCUGAAUGUAAAAGUUCAAAUCAAAUUGUUACAAAUUACAAACUAGUAAUAUACAAUUCAAAAAGAUAAAAAGUAAUUAUAAAGUUCUCAGGCACUAUAAGAAAAAAAAUAUUAGUGAUCCAUCAGAUAAUUUUGUAUCUAAUACUUAACUAGCUAAGUAAUUAUGUCCGAGGAAGAUAAAAUUGAAGACUUUUCAUGUGUAGAAGAAUCUCCCAAAAGAGGACCAACUCUCUCGACUAGCACUAGUAGUUUUGAACGUAAUGAUCCUCAUGAUCCUAAUUUAAGCUUAUUAUCUACUAAAAUGUUUGAAAAAACAUCUGAAUAUUUGAUGGGAGAACUUAAUAUUACUGAGGAGGAUUAUAAACUAUUGGAAACUAUGAAUAAAGUAACUAUGCAAAAAUAUGCAUCUUAUAGACAAAUUGCUUCAGAUGUUGGUAAACAAAUCAUUGAACUAAAUGAAAAAUAUAAAUCGUUAGAACCAUACCUUUCUCAAAUUGACCAGAUUGAAGAUAGUGUUUCUAAGCUAGAACAAGCAGCGUUUAAGUUGGAUGCAUAUGCUAAGAGAUUGGAAGCAAAAUAUAAAAGUUUAGAAAAACGACAAUAAUUUUAAUCUUAUAUUUAAUUUUUUUUUUUUUUUUUUGUAUUC